CUUGCCUGACAAACUCUGUACAAACUUUCUGGAAUUAAUAAAAGAAUAAGAGUUCAAACUUUAUAAAUUACAUUAAGGACAAUGGAUUCGAGUGGUUCGGUUGAGUUACGUCAGUACAAGAACAUUGCCGAGCACUUCAACUGCCCUAUACAUCUAGGCAAGCUACGGGACCCGCGCCGCCUCGCCUGCGCGCACACCUUCUGUGCAGAAUGUCUCAAUGGCGUCAUCAAAACGGCGCUCGUGACGCGGACAGACGAAAUGUUCGAAUGUCCCGUCUGUCGGACGCGCCACCACAUCCCCAACACGACCGAGUCACAUGACUGGGCGCGGGGGUUCCCCGUGGACGCGUUUUGUGUCAUCCAGCUGCAUACACUAUCCCAGUAUGAACGAUCAGUCGUCUGUGAGCGACACAUCCAGAAGUUCAAAGAGUAUUUCUGUUUCCACCACCGCGAGCUGCUGUGCUCGGACUGUGUGAUAGAGAAACACACCAAGUCCCCGUGCUCGUGCGGGAGCCUCCAGGACUCCAUGCUCGAGGUACGCCUGCAGAUCAAAGAGCUCCUUGCCAAACUCCGGCUGCAGGAGGAACGCGCCAGGCGCAUACUCGACUCCCAGGUCGCCGCCUCACACUCGGACGAGCUGGUGAAGAAAAUUGGUGAGGUGGAGAAAUUACUGGCAAAGUUUUAUAAAACGAUGAAAGCUAAACUAAAAGCGUCAAAACACCAGGUAAAUGAGACAACAAAAAUAUCUCAGGCGGAGAAAGACCAUCUUUCUACUAUCCUUUCUUUAAUUACAAAGACGAAGGAACACGUUGAAAAUGUAAUUAGACCAGAAAAGAAACGUAAGGAAACUAGCAACGAAAUAUUCAACAUAUGGACACCACUCGAGCAGGAAACCCAGAACUUUGACCAGGCCCUGGAUGAUGUUGAAACAAAACCAUACUGCGUCAAUGUCCAAGCUGACGAACAAUUUCUCAACUUCAUAUCCUACGACAAGAGCCCAAUAGUCGUAUCCAGGGAUACCACUGGAACACAUCCAGCAACGCCGACAAAACAGAAAACUCUCAACCGAUAUGCCUCCCAAAACCCCACGGUUGCAGUAGAAUCGGAUUCCCCUAGAUAUCGGGAUUCGCCGGAAGUGACGAUAAUUCCAAGUCCCGUGCAGGCAACGAGAACGAUGAUCUCUUUGGCAACACCGCCCAUAUCCAAGUCAACCAACUUGAAGAAAUUAUGUAACACUCGCCCUGCCUCCCAUGAUGAGACACCGAGACAGAUACGUUACGGCCAAUCGCCUGCGCGUAUCGCUGGGAACGCAAGGUCCCUUAGCAUGGCUCACGUUUUCCCGAAAGUUGGAACGGGUGAACUUAUCAACAGAGAUACGAGUAAAAGCAUACGCGGAGCGGAAGUUAAGCUGAAAGGAAUAACAGAGGUAUCAAGUUUUGAACUUUCGUGUGCAGAUCUUGUUCUUUUAGACAAUCACAUUGUCACAAUCACUGACUCUGCAGUGCAAAAGUUCACGAUGGAGUUUAGAUAUGUUGGAGGUAUCCAUAUCCGGUUUCCAUGGCGGUUGUGCGCGAUUAAAGAAACGACGAACGUGGCUAUCAACCACAAUACCCGGUUUAUCUCAAUAAUAGGGACGGAACCAACGCUUCAAAUUCUCUACCGCAUAGAAACUGAGAAGCCAUACGCUCAGAUUUGUCACAUGCGCACGCAGUUUUUGGAGGACAGGUUUGGAAAGACAAAAUACCACGAGUACUUUGCUCUGUCUCAUACAACCGAUUUAAGGGCUGACUGUGUUGAUCUGAUGAAAGUCUCUUACGAUAAAAACCCUUUUAGUAACUUUACCUCCAACCAGGUAACAAAACUGGUUCCUCUCCGGACCCGCACUCUUAUAGCGAGUGACAAACAUUCUGUCGUCCGCAGCCCCAAUGCGCUCGCAGCCACAGCGGACGGCAAACGCCUGAUAAUUGGCGGGGAAUCAGCGGUUGUAUGCGUAAGGAAGACGGGCGAGAUCACAUGGACGCGCCCUGUCAUCAGGUUCGUGGCAAGCAUUUGCUGUGACAAGGGGCUGGUGUUCGUCUGCAUCGAGAACGAGCGAAAAUUGAUGGUGCUAGACGAGGCUGGAAAUAAUCUAUGUGAGAACCUUUUUCCUCUUGGCUGCGAUAUAGUCCGCCCGAACCGCGUGGCCGUAGAGCACGACCAGAUGGUUGUCCGCGAGUUCAACGAGAAGGACUGGAAAAGCACAGUGCACGUGUUCAAUAUUGAUAUGCGAUAGACCAAACCCGGGCUCUUUUGCACGAUUAUAUACUGCCGGAUGUGAUUUACUCUAAACAUUGCGCAUUUGGGACGUUGAAGUAUGCCAGACCUGGUGACUUUUGUGCUUAAUGUUUUAGUUUCAAUUUCUAUUAUUUCGAUCUGUAUAUUUUAUUGACAUAACUAUUCGAUAUAACAGUG